ACUUCAGAAGACUCUCCUAGGUGCAACCAGCAAACCAUGGAGUGUUAUCUAUUUCACCUACUUUUCCUGCUUUGUCUUCUCUCUGCACAUGCAGGGAAAAUCCAUCAUGGAAUUAUUGGGGGACAUGAAGCCAAACCACAUUCCCGACCUUAUAUGGCCUUUUUAAAAGUUGAUAACAUCUUUUGUGGAGGCUCACUCAUUGCUCCAAAAUGGAUCCUCUCUGCUGCACACUGUUUUGGGACAAUCAAAGCCAUCCUCGGAGCACACAAUGUGAGUAAGCAUGAAGAUUCUCAACAGACAAUUGACAUUGACAGCUAUUACACACACCCUGAUUACCGUUUUGAUCGAGUACCAUAUAAUGAUAUCAUGCUUUUGAAGCUUUCACGCAAGGCUACAAUCAACAAAUACGUGCAGCUAAUCCGCCUACCGCGGAAAAGGAGUGAUGUUCCAACAAAUACCCCUUGCAGUGUAGCUGGAUGGGGAAGGCUCGAUAAUCAAAAUAAAACUGGCACUGACAUCUUAUUUGAAACCAACAUCAACAUUUUAAGUCGGAGAACGUGUCGAACUACUGUUCCAAUGCUGAAUGAUGGGAUGAUCUGUGCAGGGAACACAGAGGAGGAAAACGAUGCUAGUCAGGGCGACUCUGGGGGUCCAUUAGUCUGUAAAGGAUCUGUUGAAGGCGUUGUCUCCUUUGGAUUAGACCGUCCUCCUGGAGUCUACACAAGGGUCAGCAAGUACUUAAACUGGAUUGAAAACACCAUAUCCACAAGUGAAGAUUAGAGUUCAUGACACAGGAAUGGAUUCUGUUCUUAAAAUGUAUUUAAACAUUGACCAUUGCUACAUGCAUUGCAAUUACAUUAGUAAUUUUUAUAUUUUAGCUUGUGUUUAGUAAAUGCUUAAUGGUAUAAAUGGUAUGAACAAUCAUGGAAUGUUAAUAAAUGAGAAUUUGGAUGCACUGA